AUGGAAAUACAGAUCUGUCACUACUUCUGUUUCGUCGUGAUUUUAAUGACAAAUCUCAUCCAUGGGCAGGAGUACCAGGUGGAGUACCAGGUGGAGUACCAGGUGGAGUACCAGGUGGUGUUACCACGUGGGUGUAACCAGCACUGGGAGCAGCUGGAAUGGGGAACUGGUGUAUUACCUGGAGCCAAACCUCUGAAAGCUCCUGGUGUUGGAGGAGCAGGCGGUGUCCCAGGUGUAGGGGGAGUUGGAGGGGCAGGACUUGUACCUGGAGCAGGUGGAGGGUAUCCAGCAGGUGUUGGUGUGGGGAGCCGGUUGCUAAACCACCCUAAACCAGGCUAUGGCUCUUUGGGUACAGGAUACGCACAGCCAGGUGGUGUAGCUCCAGGAGGAUAUGGAGGAUAUCCACAAGCAUAUCCAGGAGGAUAUGGAGCAGGACUGUCACCACAACAAGCCAAAGCAGCCAAAUACGGAGGUGGACUGACGGGAUUCCUGGGAGCAGGUUAUCGAGGUACGAGAUUAAUCCCGCCACCACAUAAUCACUGAUUUCUCAUAAUCACU